AUAUAACGAGGCGUAAGAGGCAAAAUUAUAAAUUAGUGUAGAGAAAAAGUCGCACAGUGUGCAAAUAACUGAGUGCUGCAUGUGCUAAUAGUGCGAAAAACUGUGAAAAUCGUUGCUACCAAUGAACAACAACAUCGCCAGGAAUAACAACAUGUCCAUGUCUAUGCCGUAUGCGCCGGAAUCGGACGAAGAUGAGGAAUUGAGCGAGUCUUACAACAUCAAUGACGGUGACUGCAGCGGCGGCGCCAGUGGUGGAAGCAACAGCGACAAUAACAGCACAAAAUCUUCAACUUCAAGUUCGAGUAGCGCGUUAAGUGAUGACGACAAUGAGUCUACAUCGAAUUCCGAUGAUGAUGAGACCAGCUCGCAGUCGGACGAUGAUGCCACCACCACGCAAUCAAAUGAGUUGGAGCUGGCGCAGCUCACGGAUGAACAUACGUUUCGCUUACCUCGUGGUCUUUGCGAAAGCGCCACUAUUUUCAAUGAAUUCUUUUCAUUGGAGACCUGGAAUAUGCUGCCACAGAGCAUGCAGGCUCAGUUGGUAUCGCUGCUGCCAAAAUUUGAGCCUCUUCUGACGCCAGAUUUGGCGGCCGAAGAGCUCCAGCGCACGAUUGUCGACCUCUUCAAUGGUGACAUUGAGCGUUUUGGUCAAGGCCCUUUAGAAGUCUUACAGCGUCAGCUUGAGGAUGGUAGUCUGCGUCCCGAUGUCCUACAGUUGCGUCGCAGCAUUGAGCAUUCCAAACGUCGGGAGCGUCGGUUUCAGCAAUACGAACGUCUGAGCCAACUGGCUAAGGAACUCUUUAUAUCGAGGGAGCACCUGCUGCGUAAUGUGUACACAGCCCCCCCAGAUAGCGCACUCUACUCCAAUUCUCGUUCAGCCCGCUCCCGUAAACGAAAGCCCCCAACGUUGCAAAUGAACAGUAAGUUUCUAGCUCAGCGUGCGCGUAAACGAUACUGUUUGGAGCUGUACGAGCUGACAAAAGAGCUGGAUCUGCAGCCCGAUGAUAUUAGCGCCGAUGAGCAGGACGAAGAUGCCAUCAAGGCGGCAGAGCUGGCAGCCAUUGAGCAGGAAUGGGCGCCUGUGGAGGUGGGCAAUGGAGGGGCUUUGGCGGCCAAACCUUCGAAUGCCGCCGACAAAAAAUGCAUUUACAGCACCUUCUUCAAGCGUCGCCAUGGCGUGGAUGAUGAGCACGUUUUACGAACUAUGCAAGCGGCCAAGAUACCGCGGCUCAACGAUAAGAAUUUUAAGAAGUAUCUUCGAGACUACAAGCGAAGAAAACUCGCUGAGCCGGAUUUGCCCGAUUUUGAUACAACGGACAUACGAUUGCGUGACAUUUGCACGCGGGCCCAAUUUGUUGGCACUUUCAGGCCCGGACGAAAGCCCAAAGCUUUAACAGCGCGCCUAACUGAGCCACCUGCCUUGGUGCCUAUUGGUGCCGCCAAGUGUGAGACGCCGCAAUCGGAACUGCUUACAGAUGAGCCGCAGCAGGUUUAUGGUCGCGCAGCCAUUGGCGAUGACGAUGAAGACGAUGAUGAAGGCCUGGACUUGGACAGUUUAGGUUACGAUGCAGCAAUUACCCCGACGACGACGCCGCAACCAAAACUUACGCCUGCAAGUAAGCCGCUGCCCAAGCUAGAGCCUAUAGGUGUGCGAGCGAUAGGUGCAGUGCAUUCGCCGGGACGCCCCAAGGGCAGCCUGAACCCAUCGCCACACAAGGCGCUGAUCAAGGGUUGCACUAUUAACACCACCACAGCCACCACUCAUAUCACUGGUUCACCCACGCGUGAGCAGCAGCCUACAAUAUUAUCCUCUUCAUCGGAGUCAUCUCAGCAGUCCAGCUUUUUCUCGCUCCUGCGCGAUUUCUUUGUAGCCACGCCUAAUCAUCGAAUGACCUAUGCCGAGCUGCAGACGAUGUUAGUUGCAUGGAAGGACAACAACGUGCUAUCUGGCACGCCCUCCUCCACGUCCAAUGAUUGGUAUCGCGCUUUGCCGGAUUGGACUGUGCUCCUGCAGUCGGGCAUUAAUUUUCUCUCUGGCGACUUUGCCGCGCUACCUGCGGAGUAUGUGCCAUACAUAGAGCACAAGACCCAGUUAAAUAUAUAUCAAUGGAUCGGAGCUGGCCGAGAUUCGGAUGCACGCUUGUUGACAUUAUGCAACUAUUGGCUGCAGCGGCGCAAAGAUUUCAAAGAGCACACCCCAACACAUAGUCCCCGAGCCCUGGGACAAUCACUGAAGACGUCACCUAGAGUAGAAGGACAAGUGGUUGUGUCUAACGCACUGCUAAGUCCCGUGGAAUCUAUUGGCAAAGUGCCUGUAGAUAAUUUUGCGCUGUUGGCAUCGCCAACACCUCCGCCUCGUUGUCCAACCAGCUGGACGGUGCGCACGGCGACUCAAGCGGAAACACUCGAAUUUCAGCGGCAAGAACGAUUGCGAUUUGAGCAACCACAUCGGCCCUUUACUUAUCGCAUGCAUGGCUACGAGAGUGUUGUGGGCCCCGUUAAGGGCAUCUACACGCAGACUUUCUCGCUGAACAAGGCGCGCGGACACACCGUCAUGGUGGAUGAUAGACCACCAUAUGUGACAAUUUUGACUCUGGUGCGAGAUGCAACGGCCCGUUUGCCCAAUGGCGAAGGCACACGAGCGGAAAUUUCAGAGCUCCUCAAGUGCUCUCAGUACAUUAACCAUAAUGCCGCGGAGAAUGUGCUCCAGACGAUAGUGAGUGGGGCAUUGGAUCGCAUGCAUGGCGGAUUAGACCCUUGUGUCCGGUACGAUGCCAAGCGCAAGAUAUGGAUAUAUUUGCACCGUAAUCGCAGCGAAGAUGAGUUCGAGCGCAUGCAUAAACACAACCAAUCGCUGGUCAAAAAGCAGCAGCACAAGGUGCAAAGAGCGAAGGGCAAACCAAAGAAGGAGGGCGAACUGGGCAUAGAGCAGGCCAUGGGAUCUGUGCAAUCAGAACUACCUGCCCUGGUGCCUGCAGCUACAACAUUAGCAACAAAAGUAACACCCACGGGCUCGCCAGCGGCAACGUUGCUAGUGAAGAAGACCCUGCCCACCAAAUGUCCGCCAGUGCCGCCCCUCAAAUAUAACAUACCUGCGCCUAGCCUCCAACAGCAGCAGCAGCAACAGCAGCAACAACAACAGAAAUCUCUGCUCAAAUCUCCGCUGCAUCUUGCCCAGAGGAGUGGUGUGGUCACCAUUGUGGACAAACAAAUGGCUCAGAAAACGCCACAUGGAAAUAAGCAGUACACCUUCCCCCUACCCCAGACCCCUCUGACCAAUAAGAUCAGUCCCGCUCGCCAGACAACCCCAAUUUUGGUAUCAACACCCAGUGGCCUGCAAACGGUACACGUUGCCACAACCUCGCCCGCAGCCGGUACAAGCAAAACCAACAGUCCGGUUACAGCUACCAAGAAGCUAGCCAUUAAGAAGCCCAUUAUAAUUAACCAUUUGGGCCCCCAGACGACCAAAACUACAGGAGCAACGGCAGCGGCAGCGCUCAAGGUCAAAUCGCCAAAUCCUCCACAGCAGCAAAAGCAGCCGCAACAACAACAACAACAGCCGGUGGGCAACUUUAUCAUUCCUUUGGAGCAGCAACAACAAGCCAAGGAACCACAGCAACACAUUCUGCUGGAUACCGCUCCCAAAUCAUUAACAGUCAGCGCCAUUUCGCCACGUCCUCAAAUGCCCAAAAACAUUAUCCGACUGUUGCCCGCGGCCAGCAACAACACCAACAGUACAACUGCCCAACCAAUAACAACAUCGGCUGGGGCUACAACCACUAAGCAUCCCACUGUGCAAAUUAUUGGACCACGUGUGCUUGCUCAGACCACAGUGCGACCGGUGCAGCAAAAAAUUGGUGCUGUUUCAAUAGUCAGCAAUAAGUCGGCGACCAAUCCCAACACUGGAACAGGCGGCACGAUUGUCAAAAUGUCCCCGCAGGCGUUUGCAACGUUGCAGCAGAAGCAACUGCUGAACAAGGCGGCUGCUACGACAACAGGGACUGGCACGACACAGCAACUGCAGACGCCACAGCGCAUCCUCGUUGGCAACACGGCUAUUUCUUCGAACAAGAACAUCGUCUUUCAAGCUCUGCCCACCUCCGCUGCCUCAAACACCGGCACCGUGCAGUCCAAGCUCAUCACGCAGCCUAAAAUACUCACGACCACGACCACGUCGACUAAAACCUUAAACACCGCGAAUCUCUCGCCUCAGCAACAGCGGAUACUACUGCAAAAUUUCAAGCAGCAGACGAUGCAGUUCAAGCCGAUUGUGGAGGCAAAGAGCGGCACGCCCGUGAGCUCAGCUCCAGCCACAGUUGCGGUGGCUUCGCAAACACAAGGGACCCGUGUAGCACGACCUUCAGUGACCACAGCGACAACGGGAGGAGUGCCACAAGCUGCCCAGAUCAUCACUCUGGACAAUUUGCUGCAAAAGCAAACAGCGAGCGCUGGCAAAGUUCUAACUACCUCCAACAUUUUCCAACUGGCCACCAGUUCCUCCAGCACCAGUGUUGCCACUCAAGUGGUGGCAUCGCCACGAAAUGUAAUUACAUUGGCGACAGGCAACGCAACCCAACAGCGUCUCGUAACCUCUGGCGCAACCACGACAAAAUUAGCCACGGGUCAUCGAAUUGUGACCACAAACGCCAUGCCCAAAAUUAUUGGCAAGACGACGGUAAUCCCUGGAGGAACGACCCAGCUGCAGGGCAAGCCUUUAGUUCUACACGCCAAGACACUGAAUGCCGGCGGCAGUGUGACUCUUAAGAACGUGGCCGCCAGUACGUCCACUUCAACGACAGUGCGUCCCCUAGGCGGAGCGACGCACCUCCAAAACAUUGUCAUCGGGGGCCAGACAGUAAAGCUUCAGAGUGCGACAAAUCUGCCACGUCAAGUGACCACUUCCAGCAAUUCCUCCAUCCCCGCCGUUGUCAGUGCACCCAUGCAAACUGUAAUUAUGGGCAACCAGUUACUCCGCCUCCAGCAUGUGUCGACAGCAACGGGAACCACUGUGACCAGCAGCACAAGCACAACGACCAGCCUGCCAACAGCGUCCAGUGGCAUUGCAAGUUCCCCGAAGACGUUAGUCAUUGGCUCCGGUGGUCAAACGUUACGGCUGCAAUCGGGCAAGAAUGUGAUUGUGGCAGCCGCCUCAGGUGGUGGUAGUGGGAACAAGAUCGCCAGUAAUAUUACCACAUCCUCCAACAACGUGGUCUUUGCUGUGCAAAGUGGUGGUGGUCAGCUCUUUCUUUCGCCAACGCUGCAGGGCGUAAACCUAAAGCCGCUUUCCAACAUGAAAGUAAUUCCGAUGUCAAGUGCAACGGGCGCCAAGGUGAGCGUCGCGGCAUCUUCCACGGUUGUAGCUGCCACAGAUGGAGGCGGCAAAACAUUGACACAAAAAAUAUUGCCGCAAGCAGUGCUUAAUACGGGCAGUGGCAGCGGAAAUUAAAGGGAAAUCAGAGGCUACCAACAGCAAGAGCGAGCGUAUUUUUGCAGUUUUUCUUUCACUUCUGUUUGUCGUUCUUUUAGAUUUGUAAAGUUUUUCUAGAUCUAUAGGUUGAAAGUUGUACACAAAUAAUUAUUGCAUUGUGGAGCAAUAUUAACGAUCGGAUGUUAUAUAUACCUACGUUAAAAAAUUGUAAUAAUAACGCGCUUGUAGAAACAUCUUAUUAAAUAUUGAAUCAAAAAGUUGAA